AUGUCUCCGGUCAUGGAGCUGAAUCAGAGCGUCAAUGCGGCUUUAGUUUCCAAAACCGGCCUGCAGGUGAUCCAGCACACGAGCUGUGCGCUUCCCGGUGCCACCGGCUCACCCGGCGUCCUCUUGGCGUACAAAAACGCGACGCAAAGAUCUGGCGCGAGCGAGUUUAAUCUAAGUGCCUUCUCCAAAGCAGGAAUGGGCAUUUUGAAACUGGCCACGACGCAGCUGAAGCACCAGGAGAAGAAAGCCCGGGUGGCGAGGGCGUCCAGUAUGGACAAACAGCAUCUGAGCACGGACAAAAGCCAGUGCAAAAAAUCACCUCUGGACCAGCUGACCGCGCUGGUUUUGCACGGACACACGCGUCUCCAGCAGCUUGGGAAAGACCAGCAAAGCACCAAACCACAAAUCUGCAGGCGCAUCGUGGUGCUCGGAGCGCCACGGGUCGGAAAGACCUCAAUCCUGCGCCGGUUCCUGCGCGAUGAAUUUGAGGAAAGAUACGAGCCCACGUGUGAAGACUUUCACAGGAAACUGUACCACAUCCGCGGGGAAACUUAUCAGAUAGACAUCCUAGACGCGUCAGGGGAGAGGAGUUUCCCUGCGAAAAGAAGACUGUCAAUAUUAACCGGUGAUAUAUUUCUGCUCGUAUUCAGUCUGGAUGACCGGAGUUCGUUUGAAGAGGUGCGCGCCCUGCACACGGAGAUUGUAUCAGCCAAAAUGGCCUUGAACCGAUCCAAACAUAAACUCUGUGUGCCCACUGUUAUCUGCGCGAACAAAAUGGACUUGCCCUCCGAGCAUCACGCGGUCUCGCGCACGGAGAUGCUGCGCGCUUUCGGAAACGGCUGCGCGCUGUUCGAGACCUCGGCCAAGGACAGUGCGAAUCUGGAGCAGGUGUUUGAAGCGCUUGCGAGGCGCGGGGGACUCCCCCUCGAGACCGGACCUUCACAGCACCGCAAGGUGUCUAUCAGGUCUUACCAUGCGCUCCGGGCGGCGCGCCAGGCGAACAAGGGAAGCAAGGGCGCGGUGAGCGACACUCCAUGCGGUGCGCUCUAUCCACUGGCCCGCAGACCGAGCUUUGGCACAGACCUGCGGCUGGUUCUGGGUCCAAACGGCAAUAGAAAGCAGAGCAAAGCACUGGACAAAUGUCAGAUUCAGUGAAACCAAAAGACUGAGAGACAGAUAUAUGUGCUUUAAUUUAAAGCGAAAAGAAACAGCAUGAUAAUAGGUUCAACAUUUUAAUGAUAUCCAACAAACAUGCAACUACACCCAUAGGAUAGAAGCUAUAUUUAAUUUGGAAAGACUUUUUUAAUAUUUUAUUGUACAUUUUGCAUCACUGUGUUUUUCUCACAAUUCAAAUGAAAUGUGGUGUCUAAUCUUACUGUUGUCUAUUGGAAAUGGUUAAAAUGUUAAAUCAUUAUCAUGCAAUAUUGUAUAAUAUGUAUAUUAUGAUUUUUAAUAAAACAU